CUUGCGCGUUUGCGAUAAAUGCGCUAGCGUGCGCCGGUUUCUCCAUCGAAUUUGGAGCAUAUUAUCAAGCAGUAGCCCCACACGGAGCAUACCAAGACAAUGUACCGUUAAUUGUGAAUUGUCUCACCGCAUUGGCUGAACGGAGUGUGCGCGCGCUACUUGCUCUCGUUGGCGAUCUCGUUCCAUUACAAUGCUCUAAUUAAUUGAGAAAUCAGAUACAUCAAGACGGCUCGCGUCGCGCUAGCACCGUUCGCACGUCCGCAUUAGAACGUGCACCAUCCAGCCGCGUGUACUUUACUAAUCUCGCCUAGCGCGAAUGGGACAGUGUCAGCUCGCGCCGGAAAACAGUCGCCAUGAGGCAGGAAAUCACGAGCGCUCCUGUGCCGGUGGGCAAUGGUGUGGAGGAAACGAUCGAGCUGCGAACCGCCAGCAUUGCGACGAUCGAGCAGUGGUUGCAGCUGGAGCGACCGUCGGUUCAGAUUCCGCCCGAAUCGAAGCUAAUUCUAUACUUCCUACGGACCACGAAGUACAACAUUGAUAAGACGAAACAAAAACUCACCACAUUCCUGAAGAACAGAGAAAAACUGACGGAAUGGUUUGGUGAUCGGGAUCCGUUGCGGCCGGAGCUGCAAGAACUGUUCGACAUCGGCGUGUUUCUACCGUUGCUGCAAAAAGACCAACUAAACCGCCAGGUCGUGAUCGUUCGCACCUCCGCCCAUGAUCCCAAGCGCCACAAGCAGGACAAUGUGUUCAAAGUGGACAAAAUGAUUCUCGACCUGUUGAUGCACCUGGACGAAACGAUCUCUCUGCACGGUGUGGUGGCCAUUUUCGAUAUGCAAGGCGUCACGCUUGGCCACGCGCUGCAGCUGCCUCCGUCGAUGAUCAAAAAAUCCGUGGAAAGCUGGGAAAACUAUCCCUGCAAACCGAAACUGCUCGAGUUCGUUAAUGUACCGAUUCACGUGAACAUCGUACUGAACGUUUUUAGGAGUUUUAUGAGCGCUAAGCUGAAGGAACGUGUGAUUAUCUCAAAGAAGGGCUCCACGAUAGAGGAUCUGGUGAACCUGCCGCCGGAGCUGGGUGGCAGUGGCGAAACGUACCAGCAGCUGGCCGAUCACUGGAAGCAACUGGUCCUCACGAAUGCACCCUUCUAUGCUCGAAUGCAGCAGAACGUUUUUGAUUUAUGAGCGGUUCCGUUUUUAGAAAGCGGACGAAAAACAAGAAAUUUAUAUUUAUAAACCAGUGUUCAGAGACGAGUCGUUUAACAAAAUAUAAGCCCAAUAAGAGUGA